GGGCGGUUGCUCAGCAACGCGAAGGCGUGUCCACCAGCGAUGAUUUAAGCCGUAGGAAACCCUUGCUCGCUGUCACUUUGUCAAUUCAGUCUGUUCUCUAGUCCCUGCAUGGAAGUGGAAUUGCUAGGGGACGAGGGAAUCCCCCUAUAGUGUCGCCUCACUCCUGAUGAAUUUGCAUCAACGUUACCAAGCUUGGUUUUAUCGGUCUCCGUUUGCCUGUUCCAUUCGCUGCGUCCACAAGCAUGGCUUGGAGUGAAGUAUAGCGCCACAUCAUCUCGGACUGUCAACCCGUGAAGAAUAAACAACUGAUGCUGUACAACAAACGGUGUAUUUAUCAGAAGAAAUUCAUCAGAGGAACCAGGCAACCACCAAGUGACUUCGACAAUAUGGCAUUGAGCGGGACGCUUUUGCCAUCCAUAUCCACAUUUGCAAGCGGCCCGAAUGUCAAGAAUAAAUCCAUGGGACAUGCGAAUUUGAGAUGGAAGGAGGAUAUCUCCACUGUCAUGACCAAGAAAGAGGCUGAAGAUCUGGACCUACUAGACUAUGACUUUAUCCUGUCCAACACUAUGCUACAACAGCAGGCUGAGGCCAUGGCAGCAAGUGGGUCCCAGAACCUAUCCCCUUCCCCGGGCUCGUACUCAUCCUACCAGCUCCCCUCUCCCCAGGACUCUGCCCACAGUGACAUGCUGUACACCAUCCCUGACAUCAGCGACGUGUCCCCCUCUGGGGGGUUCGUGGCCGAACUGAUGAGGCCUGAACUGGACCCAGCAUACCUCCACCCCACCAGCCUCCAUGGCAAGUUUGUGGUGAAGACCACCAUGGAUAUGGCAGAAUACGGCCAAAGCAUUAAUGUGAUUAGUAAGGCCGGUGUAGGUGUCAGUGCUGCCACGGACUCCUCCCCCUCCUCCUUGCCGUUUGUUUGUCAUAUGAUAAAGCAGGAGAACCCCAGCAUGUGCACCAUCACCCAACCCAUGGAUCUCCACCUUGGGGGGGUGAACUCACACUCCCAGCCCAGGACUGGACAGAGGCCUCACCUCGACCCCCACGGUUUCUCCCCAGGGGGGCGUCCUAUGACAGCCAGCCGAUCAGCCUCAUCUCUGUCUCCGGACCACCACCCUUCCAGCCAGGUGUUAUCCCACCCCCAGAUCCCUCUGCCUGGCCAGGGCUACCACCACAGCUCUCCGACGGGCUACUCGCCCUUCCCUCAACAGCCUGGGUCUCUACGGUACCAAGAGCUUUUGUCCCCUGGCGGAGAUUGUCUACCGGAGGAGCCCAAACCCAAACGUGGCCGGCGCUCCUGGCCCAGGAAGAGAAUCGCCACACACACGUGUGACUACGCCGGCUGUGGGAAAACAUACACCAAGAGCUCCCACCUCAAAGCACAUCACCGAACACACACAGGAGAGAAGCCUUAUUGCUGUGACUGGGAGGGCUGCGGCUGGAAGUUUGCCCGUUCAGACGAGCUCACACGGCACUACAGGAAACACACCGGGCAUCGCCCCUUCCAGUGUGCCAAGUGUGACAGGGCCUUCUCAAGGUCCGACCACCUGGCUCUACACAUGAAGAGACACCUAUGAGACGCUCACUGGACACCAUGGACCAAGACUAAAAUACUAUAAAUAUUAUUACACAGCGACCUGAACUUGUGACUUACAAAAAAAAAACAUUGCCUUCUAGCCAUCCAUUGUCAAAGCACCAAUACAAGCUGUGUGUUUCCUGGUAGUGUUACACUCUCAAGGGUCCAACCCGAUGACUAAAGACUGUUCUUUGUCCAUCUAUGGGCUUGUGAUCUGACAUUUGACAAGACCCCUCAGAACAACCUCUUUUGUGGGACAAAACUGGAAUUGCUCAUCUAUUUAUCGACAAAACCUGGAGGACUAGGUGCUAACGUAUGACUGGAAACGUAUCAGAGAUUUACAGGGACAGCCCAAGCCACUAAGCGACCACCAUUUUUUUUUUUUAUUGUCUGAAGAUUAUGAUCAUUUUCCCUAACAUGUAAAUUGCCUUUCACAUACUAACGGGGGAGGAAUCAGAAAGAUCACAUACUAACGGGGGAGGAAUCAGAAAGAUCACAUACUAACGGGGGAGGAAUCAGAAAGAUCACAUACUAACGGGGGAGGAAUCAGAAAGAUCACAUACUAACGGGGAGGAAUCAGAAAGAUCACAUACUAACGGGGAGGAAUCAGAAAGAUCACAUACUAACGGGGGAGGAAUCAGAAAGAUCACAUACUAACGGGGGAGGAAUCAGAAAGAUCGCAUACUAACGGGGGAGGAAUCAGAAAGAUCACAUACUAACGGGGGAGGAAUCAGAAAGAUCACAUACUAACGGGGGAGGAAUCAGAAAGAUCACUACUGGAAUUAUUUACAUUAUAAGUCAAAACUUUCUCAGAGCAGAGCUCAACUUGCCCGACUGCUAUAAAUGCCAUACAUUAUCUGUCUUUCAGUCAGAUAAUGGGGAGGAACCAGAAAGAUCAGUUUCAGGCUACUGGAAGUCUUAGCGGUUUGGUUGUUUUCACUGCAACAAUGGGUCAACCUCAGAGCAGGCUCAACUUGCGCGACUGUUCAGUUCACUUGACCCUGGCCCUUAAUGUCAUUCCCUGUAUUGGUUAUCAGGGAAACAAGAAACGCAGACAGAACACAGAAGUGACGGAACACAUCCUAAGAGGCCUUCUAUCUAUUCAAUCAGAAACAGUCCAUUUGUCUUUGUGAAGUUCAUACUGUUCAACAUACUGUAUUAGACAUUUAUAUUUAUAUUACUCUAUUCUUCCAAGCCAUUGACUUCAGGUACACAUUAAAUGUAUAUGUUAUAGGAUGGUGCUCAAAGACUUUACUAUAUUAAAAGGUACCAAAGAAUUUGAAAAAGAAAACAGAUGAGAGUAUGGAAGUGUGGUGGUCUUGUCUGUGAGUUUCCUGGAGACCUCUCUCCUUCCACAAUUUGACUUUAAUCAGGUGAAUUACUUUGCUCCUCAUUGGUGAUGGCAAUCUCUCAACGCGCUGUGGUCGCAAAGUGCAAUAAUGUUAUAUGAGACAUUCAUAUUCUUUUUCUAAAGAAAUUAGUAACUCUGAACAAAGUUUUUUUUGUUUAUAGACAAAAUAUGUUAUAUAAUCUUAAAUGUUGUACAUUUGUAAAUAAAAUGCUUUUGAAUGUUUUGUAUUGUCUUUUACAACAUAAAGAAUAAAAUAUAUUUGAAAUUAA